AUGUCUGGUGUGUCAAGGGGGGAAAGUGACCCCUCUCAUGCGCCAGCGGAUGCGGCUAUGGGGAGUAUGCUACGGCUGGAGCACUUUUUGGAUGCCGUAUUACGACAAUCGUUAGCGCGGGUCCUGGCACAGAGGGACGAAGUGUACAACAUGGCCUCCAAUUGUUGUCAGUUGCGCAGUCUUUUCGAUGAGAUGCAGUCUCUUUCCUCUACACACUCAUUUAUUAGGCGUGACGAGGGGUCGUCUACAGCCCUGACAGUGUCGGCAGCAGUGGCGGCGGGGGAAGGCAAACAAUCUGUAGGUAAUGCAACUGUAGUGAGGGGUGCAGGAAGCACCUCUGGAGAUGUCAGUGUACAACAACGUAAUCACAUAAUGGUUGACUUGGGUAAUCACUUUUUCGUGCAGUGCACGGUGACAGAUGCCAGCCGGAUGUGGGUGAACCUUGGUUGCGGGGUUGUGCUACCUAUGUUCCGUGAUGAGGCACUCGUCUUUUUGCAGAGGCGCGAGAGAUUGUUGCGUGAGAGGGCGGCGCGGCUUAGUAAGGAGGCGUUGCGUAUUAAGUACCGCAUGCGUCUCGUAAUGGAAGCUAUUACCCGCCUCUAUGACCGCACUACUGGGCGGAAAGCAACGUGGAAGGGCUAG